AUGGACAUGGCCAUGGUGACAGCAAAGGCAACCUCCGGAAAGUCCGAGAGGAGCAGACAAAGGCACCGAAGGAGGCAAGGGGGUAGUCACUCCAGCCGCCAGUCUAAGAGUGGCAACAGAGACGGGGGCAGCGGCUCAGGAGGAGGGGCAAAAAGGAAGCGCUACACACGGUCACGUUGUCGCAACCGUAGCCCUUCAUGUGUCCAGAGAAUACGCCGCCACCGACGGAUGAAGGCCAACGACCGCGAGAGGAACCGAAUGCACAUGCUCAACCAUGCCCUGGACGGGCUUCGGGAGGUCCUUCCUAAGUUCCCUGACGAUACCAAACUAACCAAGAUCGAGACACUCCGGUUCGCUCAUAACUACAUCUGGGCGCUGUCCGAGAUGCUGAAAAUGGUGGACACGAAUGGGGAGGGCGCCCCAAUCAUGCCCCCAUCAUUGACGCUGAACCCUGGUUCCUCCUCCUCAUCUUCUGACGAUGAACUUAGCUCUGAUCUCCCGAGUUGCAACGCCCUCCAGCACCAUUCAUCGGUGGGCGACCAGUCUCCGAUCUCCUCAGCCACAGGUUCCUCCCCGUUGAUGCCCCACCACCACAACCAUCACCACCAUCCCCAUAGCAUGCAUGACUUUUCUAUGCCGUCAUUUGGACAUCAGUGGCAUUGUUCAAUGUCUGACAGUUCAUCUCUUUCUACCGGCAGUGACUCGAGCAUAACGCCCGGCAAUACGCCACCGGCCUCACAGUACGCAGACACGUUCCUGUUCACAAUUUGAAUGCAACCGAACGAUUUAUUUCCAGAUUAUAAAAACUGCAAGUCUGUAUAGCGAGUUUAAUUUACAACAAAACUAAAAAAAAAACGAAAACAGUUCUUAUACAAAUAUUGAACAGGGCCCAUGGUCGAACAAGCAUGUUGUUUGUGUCCCUUUUCGAUGUGUACG